ACGUGGGUCAACCUGGUUCCAUAACCAGAGGCCAUCUUCUCAAAAUGAGAGCUGAAGAAGAGUAGAGAGUGACUCAGUCGUCAAUGGCCGCAUCUGCGUUGAUUCAACCACUUCUUCUUCUUCUUCUGUGCUUCAUCUUCUGUACUCCUUCUUUGUGUUGCGUUCCACAUCAGAAGGAAGCUCUUCUUCAGUUCAAACAUCUGGUAGCCGCAAACUACUCCACUGACGACGCAUUGCUCUCUUCGCGGAAUGCGACUUCCGAUUGCUGUCAAUGGGAGCGAGUAGCUUGUGAUUCCUCUUCACAGCAGGUGACUGCUCUUCAUCUCAACUCUCUUCUUCCUUUUCCCCUAAAUGCUGUAUUCACAGCUGCUGUUUUGGCUCCUCUCUUUCGUUUGGAAUCUCUCCUGCAUCUUGAUGUUUCUGAUAAUAUGUUAUGGGGUGAAAUUUCGGGACUUGCUUUUUCAAACUUAACCAGACUUGUAUACCUAAAUCUCACUCGCAAUAACUUUUAUGGCUCUAUUGACUCCGAAUUGUUUCGAUUGAGCAACUUGGAGUUUCUUGAUCUUGGCUUGAAUUUGAUUGAGGGGAUGAUAAGCAAUGAGCUUGGUAAUCUUAGCAAAUUGAAACUUUUAUACUUGCAUUACAAUGAUUUGCAUGGAGAGAUUCCUGAGGAGAUUGGGAACCUCACUGAAUUGCGGGAGCUUUCAGUUCGCAUGAACAGAUUAUCUGGAGCAAUGCCAUAUUCAGUUGUGCAUUUGACUAAGCUGGAAAACCUGUAUCUUCGAGAUAAUUUACUCUGCCGGCAGAUACCAGUUGAGAUUGGGAACUUGCUGAACCUCUCAACUCUGAGACUCAGUGGGAAUCAGUUAACAGGUGGAAUCCCAAAAUCCGUUCAAAAGAUGAGCAAGUUGGUUACACUUGAGCUUCAGAACAAUUUGUUGACGGGGUUGAUUCCUGAGUGGAUGUUCAAUAUGGAAAAUUUGAAUUAUCUGGAUGUUGGGAAAAACAAGCUUACCUGGAAAAUUACGAGCACAAAUCCAAAGAGCAUGUUUUCUUACUUGUCUCUGAGGUCUUGCAAUGCUUCUGGUCAUAUUCCCACCUGGUUUACAAGUCAGACGAACCUUAAGUUCCUUGAUUUGGCUGAGAAUAGGCUCCGGGGAGCAUUUCCUCCGUGGCUUGUAGGACUAAAUCUCCAUGUAAUAAGUUUACAUCAUAAUUUACUUGCAGGACCUCUGCCUUCUAUUUUGUUUCAGUCUCACAAGUUAGAAUAUCUUGAUUUAUCCAACAAUAAUUUCUCAGGACAGUUGCCUGUUAACAUUAGUGAAGAUGCUGCAAUAUCCGUGCUUAAGUUGUCUGCAAACAAUUUAUCUGGGCCUCUCCCUAGAUCUUUCUCCAAUCUAAAUCAGCUAUCACAGAUUGAUUUGUCUGCAAAUAGGUUCUCUGGUAGGAUUCCUGGUACUUUUGGGCCAAAAUUAGAAAUGCUUGUGCUAAGUGAGAAUGAGUUUUCUGGUCACUUGUCCCAGAGUCUAGUAAACUUGAGGCAGCUUAAACAACUUGAUCUCCAUGACAACCGUAUCACAGGAGAAAUUCCAGAAUUUCUUUCACGGAUAUCCUCUCUUUGUGUUUUGAAUCUUAGAAAUAAUUCUCUCACAGGCUCAAUCCCAUGUCAUCUGUCAACCCUUGAUAAUCUUCAGAUCCUCGAUCUCUCUUCCAAUAACCUUCAUGGACAAAUCCCUUCUUGCCUUGGAAACUUUUCAGGGAUUAUGAAUAUGCCAAAAGACAAUAUGACCCUCCUUUCCAUCACUGAAAACCUAAACUACUUCAUACACCAUGACUUAGAAGUAUAUUGGAAGAAGUUAAAGCUACAUCUCCCUGGUGGAAACCUCGACUUAUACACCUUGUUAGACUUUUCAAAUAACCAAUUAUCAGGUGAAAUUCCAGAUACAUUAGGUCAUCUAAAAUAUCUCAAGGCAUUAAAUCUUUCACACAACCAGCUUUCAGGCAAUAUUCCAUUGACUAUUGGUAAUUUGAAAAGCAUAGAGAUUUUAGAUUUAGCACACAACAAUCUGUCUGGCAAAAUACCGCAAUCAUUUUCAGAGCUUGAAGAACUAAAUAAUUUGGACUUGAGCAAUAACAAGCUUACUGGUCGCAUUCCAGAUGGUCCUCAAAUGAACAGGUUGAAUGAUCCAGAAUGUUACGCCAACAACAGCGGAUUGUGUGGCCAUCAAAUCGAAAAACCAUGUAGCGAAUCAUUGAUAAAGCCUAAGCCAAAGGAAACGAGGAACAGGGAAUCAUGGUUUUCAUGGGAAAUGGCAUGGGUUGGAUUUCCUGUAGGUUUCUUGUCAACACUUGUGGGUGCUUAUGUAAAAAGUUGGUUUCUUUCACAUUGCAGCAGUCCAACAUGAACGAUCUCAUGCUGAUCAAUGGAGUUAAUCAACUUAGUAAGUUGUAAUAUAGAUAGAAGUUGUAGGAAAACUUGCUCAUUUUCUCUUAUGGGUCAUUAAAUCGUUUAAACUAUUGAUGAAAUUGUACAUAGUUGAAAGGAGACUCUUUCCAGAUUGUGAAUUGCUAGCGGUUACAUAUAUUUCAUGUUUGUUCACCCUGGUACUA